GACGCGUACUUGAAGGCAACAAAUUAGAUAGAACCAGAGAGCGAGGAAGAGAAAGGAGUUUGCUCAUCAGCCCUUUUUCCGUUUUCUGGCCGCUCGUUGUUCCUCCUCCUCCUCCGCUGGGUCACAGGACUGACAAAGAGGAAGGAAUAUGGUUUGGUGAGACGCUCCUCCCGUUUAGUAGCGGAUCUCUGCAAACACGGACGGGAGACUGUCAGGGGUGCUCGGUCCGGAUAAAAGCCGCCUUUAACACCUGAGACUAUCGCCCACAGCCCUGCAUAACAACCAGCACACCGGGGCACAUAAAUGGUGGAGGCCGUGGUGGAGUUCGACUAUGAGGCUCAGCAGGAUGAUGAGUUGACCCUGAUGGUGGGCGACAUCAUCAGGAACAUACGGCGGGAUGAUGGAGGCUGGUGGGAGGGCGAGCUGGGUGGACGCAGGGGGUUUUUCCCUGAUAACUUUGUCAGGGAGAUAAAGAAGGACGGGAAGAGAGAUGGAGGACAGGCGGCCAUCAUUAGGUCUGAACUUUCCAACGGCAGGGCCAGCCCCGUGUCAGACACUAACAUCCGACCUGGAAAGAAAGGAGAGCAAAUCCGUAAACGGAGAUGUAAGGCUUCCUUCAGCUAUGCACCUCAGCAUGAAGACGAACUGGAGCUGAAUGUAGGAGAUGUCAUUGAGAUCAUUACAGAGGUAGAGGAGGGAUGGUGGGAAGGAUUUCUUAACGGGAAGGUUGGAAUGUUUCCCUCCAAUUUCACCAAAGAGCUUCUGGCUGAUUCGGAUGCUGCUGCCGUGGAAACCCCCAGCUCACUGGAGGAGAUCCGCUACAGCCGUACCAGUAAAGACAGCCCUGGCAGUGAAAGUGAUGGAGGAGACAGUCGGUCAGAAUCAGGGUCAGAAAUCCAACCUAAGAAGAUCCAGGGGGUUGGCUUCGGUAACAUCUUCAAAGACCAGCCCAUCAUGCUCAGACCUCGCUCCAUAGAUCUAGAUUUAGAGAAGGUCAACGAAGGGAAAGGCGUGAGUGUAGCAGCUGAAAGCAUGAAGACCGAACCUGAUGGCAAAGCUAAAGUGCGGGAGCAGUGCAAGGUCCUCUUCCCAUAUGAAGCACAAAAUGAAGAUGAGCUAACACUGAAAGAUGGAGAUGUCAUUAAUAUUAUCACAAAGGACUGUGCCGAUGCAGGCUGGUGGAAGGGGGAGAUCGGCGGGAGACAAGGCGUUUUCCCAGACAACUUCGUCAAACUGCUUGAAGUUGAGAAAGAGAGACCAAAAAAACCGCCACCACCCAGCGCUCCAUCAGCUAAACACACCGCAGAAAAAAAAUCUGAAGUGAAGAAGCUCCCUCCUGAGCGGCCUGAGCAUCUGCCACAGAGAGACCAAGAUCGAGGUGAAGAGAUGAAGACCGGAGAAAUCCCUAAGACUUCACUCCCAUCAAACCUUCCCAAGAAACCCCUCCCCCCAAAGUCAAGCUCCUCCUCUUCCUCCCAUCCCCCAAGGCGUCCAGAGAGGCCGCCCACAUCAGGGUGUGAAAGCCCCAAGUCUGAGGGCGGGGCUUCAACCCCAGAUUCUGCCCCUGACAGGUCACAUGGCACCGAUGUCGACUUGGACACAGUCGUCUCUUCGACAGAGAAGCUCAGACACCCGACGGCAUCGCGGCCGAGAGUCACAGACCGCCGGCCUCGUUCCCAGAUCCUCACACCUUCCUCCGUGUCCAAUAUAGAGCUGGACUCUCCCACAGUGGAGGACAGGAAGGGCAGAAGGAAGGAUGACCAGGAGCCCGUCUCCAUCAAGAAAGGAGUCCCAAUAAUCCCAGUAUCUGACGUUAAAACCUUGCUGCCUAAACCCUCGAUCCUUCCCCCACCUAACUCCAGUCAUCGCACCAUCUCUCCGUCCUCCUCUUCGGGUCCGAGCCCCUCCCCAGAGCUCCGACAGUCGCCUCUGACACCGCCGCCGACGCUGGAGGAACUCAGGAACCAACUGAGAGACUUGAGAGCCUCCAUAGAUCUGCUGAAGCUCCAGCACAAGCAGGAGAUGAAGCAACUGGGCAAUGCGCUUGAUGAGGAGAAGAAGAUACGUAUUAGUUUACAGAUGGAAGUAGAGCACAUAAAGAAGAGCCUGUCCAAAUGAGGAUAGAAGAUUCAGUAUCAGCCUGCAUCACAUCUGAGACCACAUGAAAAACAAAAACAGAAAAAGAAUAAUUUUCUUACUGUUGGUUUUGACACCUCAGCCAAAAAUAAGUUUGUGCCAAACGAUCAUCACCAUCACCAAUGGUUCAGCAUCUCUGAAUCAGCUACAUUUCCUCCCCUCUAAGCCGCCUUAUCCUGUGUUUACUUUUGCAUUUGUUUUUAAUUUCUGUUAAAGAGGCUUCUCUGUUUGGUUUACUGCUAUAUUCGCUGUGUCACCGGUACUGACCGACCACGGAGCAAGGACGUGGAGCCACGGCUGCCUGGUACUUUUUUAAGUUUCCCAGAGUGAAGGAAACGUCUGCCUCUGUAGCCCGGUCUGAUCAGAAGAACUCUGUGCAGUUCUGCGUCCACUUUGCUGCCUUCACUUCCUUUCUGUGCAUAUGAGUGUGUUUGUUUUCAUACAAUGUGAGGACCUAAAGUAUUGAGGUUCAAAGUGGGGACAUUUUUAAGAGCUACAUUUCCAAUAAAAUAAAAAUAAAAUCCUGACCACAGAAACUACUUUUAACCAGAAGAUCUGAAAGUCUUGGCACCACUUAAGUUUUUUGUGCCCUAAACAAGUUUUUUAGUUAACUUUUAUUUUAUUAUUGUAUAAAAUCACAUGAAAGAGGGACCAAUGCUAGCACAACAUCCUUUUUAAGCAUAUAUCAAUAUAGAAAAACUCAUUAAUAAAUGCUACUGCAUCCGAUAGCAACAUUUUGACAGGAAAGAGAAUUAAUAUUUACAUUUUUCACAUUUUUGAACAAAACUCUUCCUGGGUUAUGUUUCAUAAAGUCAGAAAAAAAAAAACACCAUAAGCACAGUAAUUUCCUCUUUAGAAGUUGAAGAGUGAAGAAUAUUUCUAAUUUGCACUGCAGACAUGAGAUAAUGAGUCAUCAGGCAGUACAAUACUUCACUUCGCUUUAUGCCUUACUGUGAUAGUUUGUCCUUGUACUGCUUCAUGUCUAAUCGGCAAUUCCUGGGCGCUAAAAAUAGGUGGUUUGAAACAUUAGUUUAAGAGUCUGAACACAAAACUGCCUGAACUUUGGAGGCUAUGAAAGUAGAGCAAGGAAAUGUUAUUUGGAUCAGCAGCUGUGUCUUGAAACAAAAAGUGGGUGUAGUCUUUCCUCUAAUUCACACAGAGUCAGAAGCCCCACAAAUAUUUCAUAACAUCUCCCAUAGCAAUUUAAACCUUUACCACUGAGUUUUAGUAGAAAUCAACAAACAUCUGCUAUAAUUACAACCAGAUUUUUGAAUCUUUUUUUGGCAGAGUUGUUAGUUAUUUGAAGUUGUUGGUUUUCUAGCUUGGACCAAGCAUGUAAGCAUAGUCCUUAAAGUUUGAAUAGCAUUGAUGUUAGGGUUUAGAAAGUUAAUGUUAGCCUCCUAUAUCCAUUUCUGUGUCUUUGUGGUGAUUGCCCUCUUGGAACAACCCAGCUUUGAGGUGAAACCUAAAGAAUUUGCAGGUUGUCAUCCUUCUUUAUUGCCCAGCUUGUUCAAUGCACCAGUAUUACUGGCAGUGAACCAGCAUUAUGCUGCCACCACCGUGUUUGGCAAUAUACCAUUUUGUCACUGUGGCCCAUUGUGGUUCGUAUAAUGGUCAACAUUAUACAAACCACCUCAUGGUCAACCUGGAACCAUGAGGCACAAAUAAAACUUGAUUUAUCCAUAUGGCGAGUGACAGUCGUUUCAGUCGUUUCCAGGUCACAGCAGGCUAGAUGCAUGGUGGCUUCUGGGUUGUUCCUGAACAUCCUGACCCAUUUCAUUCCAUCUGACGGAGGCAGUGUUGGUCAGAUACUUUAAAACUGGAUGUUGUAACAGGAGACUGAUUUUGAAAAUGGACAAAGCAAACUGGCAUUAAGCUUCUCAAAUGGCCAGAAAUCCAAUCUCAAUCAAACUGAAAUAUAUGGACUAUGCUAAGCUAGGUGUCUGUCAGGAAACCAAACAUUAAAACUGAACUUGAUUAAUUCAAAUAUUUUUGCCUCUGUCCACCAAAGCAGAAAGGUUUAACCUAAGGAUUGAAUGUGUGACAUUGUAAUAGUGGGACAAUUUAGUUAUUUACAGAACAAGCUGGAGAAGAUCGAAAGAAAUAUCACCAAUAAAAGACCGCAUCGAUUAUAGGUGAUCACAUUCUGUGGAUAUGUGAUAUUUGGGGUUUUGCUGGGACAAACAACUGUACACAGAUGGUAAAUAGAUUAAGCUUUAUUUUUUUCUUUUCAGAAAUUAGCACUCUUGUUUUGUUUAAGGGAAAUCUUGAGAAACUCUAAGAAGCACAAUUUUAAAAAGACAAAUCAUUCCUUUAGCAAACAUGAAAACAUCAAACAUGUUGCUGUAGACUGAAAGUGCAUGAACAAAAGGGUUUCCUUUCUUUUCCGGCUAACAAAAAUAACAGGGUUAUGUGAAUGUAGAUGGUUACAGGUCCUCAUGGGUAAAUGAAGGUUACACGUGUGCAUAGGCGAACGAUUUUUGUAUGACAGCAUGUGCAACUGUUUUUGCCUCCCUUCCUUAGGUGUGCACAGAAUCUAUGGCAACCCGUCACUGUGGCCUUCCUGUUUCAGAUUCUAAGUCUUUUUAUUUCUUCUCUGUUCUGUCUUUUCGUAUGACAAAGAGAAAACUGCUUCAACCGAGGCUACAAGUUGUUUUCUUGACUUGGUCCUUUCUCUCCAAGAUGGUGAUAAAUGAAUAUAUAUACAUAUAUAUAUAUUUACUUUUAUAUUUCAGUGUAAUAAAGAGUCUAUUAUGUACUGUA